UGGGCCCCGGCAGGCGCUGAUCGGCGCUGGCGGGGAGCGAUCUUGCCUGUCAGGUUAAUGAGGCGGCAUCAUUCCCGGCAUAAUUGCGCAGAGCAGCGAAUACUAUGGGAAGACAGAGAAGCCUCGAGCUGUUUUGAAGAUUAUGCAACGAUGCUUAGGAGCCUACCUGCUUUUGCUUGAGUGCUUUCCUCGCUCACAUCGCACAGGAUGCGACAGGAAGAGAAGUACAACCGAAUCGGACGGCCCUGGUGAUUGGACUCGAAUCUAUCCUAUGCCCUGGAGGUGAGUUAAUUCCUUCAGCCGAGGUGAUUUCACGCCACAAUGCAGUGUCUAAACAAGGACGAUUGGGCUGCCUACCCCGUGCAUAUGCAUACUGCCUCCCCGGCAGAUCUGCUGCGACAAAGAGCCAUGAGCAACCCCAGACACUUGGGCAAGAUAAGGAAAAGGCUGGAGGAUAUCAAGAGCCAGUCCUCAAAGCUGACAAAAGCGGAUUUCAGCCACAAUGAAAGCAUAAGGUUGGCCACUGAUGCCUUUCUGGAUGGUGGGACAGACUCUUACCUGGAAACUUUACACAAGGAAGGCGAGGUAGAUUUCCUCUCCUCAGUGGAAGCUCAGUACAUCAAGGAUAAUGCCAGGGAGUCCUAUUAUGCGGAGGAGUCCCUGGCCACCGACGGGGCGGCUGCGCCAAAGCAGAACUAUGCUGGGUCACUCCCUUCAGGGACCUACUUCCCCACCAUUUCUGACAGCAGCGAGCCAGCCCUGCUGCACACAUGGAUUACAGCAGACAAGCCCUAUUUGAAGGAAAAAUCCACUGCCACUGUGUAUUUCCAGACAGAGAAGAACAACAACAUCAGAGACAUCAUACGCCGGUACAUCAACAAAACCACUCAGGUGCUAGCUAUCGUGAUGGAUGUGUUCACAGACACUGAGAUUUUCUGUGACCUCCUGGAGGCAGCCAACAAGCGCAUGGUGUUUGUCUACUUGUUGCUUGAUCACGGCAGUAUCAAUCUCUUCUCGGAGAUGUGCGACAAGUUGCAAAUUUCUGAGGAUCUCUUCAAGAACAUCUCAGUGCGCAGCGUUACUGGAGAGGUUUACUGUGCCAAAUCAGGCAGGAAAUUCUCGGGACAAAUACGAGAAAAAUUCCUUAUCUCUGACUGGAAAUAUGUCCUCUCUGGCUCUUACAGCUUCACGUGGUUAUGUGGCCAGGUUCACCGCAACCUCCUCUCCAAGUUCACGGGUCAAGUUGUGGAGCUGUUUGAUGAAGAGUUCCGACACCUUUACGCCCUCUCCAAGCCCGUGAGGGGCCCGAACUCUCCGCCGCGCACCAUGCCCUUCCUGUUCAAUAGGAGCUGGGCCCCUCAGCGCAGCCUCCCCUGCAGCAACGAGGAAAACACCAACACUCUGUCUGAUCCCUUCAGCAGCCUCUCCAAUGGCAGCACCCACCAGAACAAGCAAAAUCCAACAGCUCUCAUAUUCAGCAGCAACUUAGCCCCACAGUCACCUCUGCAUAGAGUUAAUUCCUUCCACAACUAUGUCUCAUUCACACCCUCAUCACCACAAAAGGCCAUCCAGGGUAACUACUACCAGCCACCCUAUGUGGCUGAUAACUCCGCAGUGCUGUAUAACAACAUGAACGUUUACAGGCCUAUAAGACUUAGACAAGAGGAACCAAAUAGGACAGGGUUAAGCUCACCCUGGAGAUGCCUCCACCAAGCUAACCUGUUUACAUAAUAACCACCUCGGUUUGAAUUGCAAGUAAGCCUAGUGAGGACCUGUUUAGCAAUCGCUCCUGUACUGAUGAAUAUAGAAAUUCUAUAUAAUACAAAAUGAGGAUGAUUUCAAGCCUCCUGUUUUGUUUUGCUGCUUAUGGAUGCUUCGUUUCCCUAAUUAAAAAGCCAAGCCUUGCUAAUGUGUAAACCUUGGGUGCAUCAUGACCCUAGGAAGAACACAUCUAAAUAAUGCUGCUCAUAGUGCAACGCUGCUGCCGCCUAUCCCCUGCCCUCGGUAGCAUACCUGUGUAGCAGUAGAUUUAGGUGGUCACUGUUUUUCAGGUGGCCAGG